GAGUCCUGAACGUGUGCGCAAUCCACAUCUCAGAGCAAAACUGGCAGAGACUCUGGAGGCAUUGGUUCCCAUUCAGAAAUCCAAGAAUUCAAGUGAACUUUUGUCUGUCCCACAAGUCAAUUUGUUCAACAGACAAAGUGCUUUCCUUCAACACAAAGUUGCCCCUGCCUACCUCCCUCAGGCUCUUUUACAACUGUUUGUGGACAUAGAAUUCACAGGACAUUCCAUGCAGUUUGAGCAGAAAUUUGGUUACCGGCAUCACAUGUAUUCGGUUUUGAAAUUCAUGUGGCAGGAAGAUGAUUACAAAGCUUCCCUGAUGAAGAUGGGUGAAGAGGCUGCUGAUGAAAAGAAGAAGAAAACAGCUAUUCCACUAUUUCUUCGUUUCCUUAAUUUGUUGAUCAAUGAUUCUACAUUUCUGCUGGAUGAAGCUCUUCAGUUCAUGGCAGCUCUGAAGAAGCUCCAAGCUGAGAAAGACAGUGGAGACUGGGAGAGUUUAACAGAGCAAGCACAACAGCAGAAGCAGCAGGAGAUGCAGCAUACCAGUGGAAUGGCUCGCAGUCAUAACAUCUUAGCCAAUGAAACUGUCCGUGCACUGAGUUAUAUAACAGCUGACAUCAAACAACCAUUUCUCAUAGGUUGCAUGGUGAGGAGGACUGCAGAUAUGUUAAAUUACUUCCUUCUAAGAUUGGUUGGACCAAAAAUGGGAGAACUGAAGGCAAAAAAUCUCUCAGAGUUCCAUUUUAAGCCUCAAAAGCUGGUUUCUGAUAUUAUUGACAUAUACCUUAACCUUGGUGAACAAGACUCCUUCUGCAAGGCAGUUGCCUCAGACAAAAGAUCAUACUCUCCAAAUUUAUUCAAACAAUCAGAGAGGGUACUCAAAUUGAUUGGAAGACCAUCUUCAGUAAUCUUUAGACUUAGUGAACUUGCAGAUCGUGUUAAUGAAUUUGCCCAGCAAGAUGAAGAGGAUGAUUUGAUAGAUCCACCAGAAGAAUUUCUUGAUCCAAUAACAAACACACUGAUGACUGAUCCAGUGAUUCUUACUACAUCAAGUAAAAUUGUAGACAGAUCCACCAUCUGCCGUCACCUUCUGAGUGAUCAGACAGAUCCUUUUAACAGGAGCCCUCUUACUCUUGACAUGCUGAAGCCACAUGAUGAGUUACGGACAAAAAUACUUGCCUGGAUGGCAGAAAUGAAAGCUCUAGGGAAACGCUGACGUUAAGUUUCUCACAUGGUCCUCCAUGAUGGCCCUCAUUUCCUCUCACUUUUUUCUCAGGAAAUUUCCAAUGAAAGUGUCCGAGUUUGAGUCAGUCAGGAGGACUGUGUGAAGAUUGAAGAAAUCUUUUUGGGUUUCCUGGCGAUUUUUGGAUGUUCUACUCAUCUGGGAUAAAUCUUGUUAGGGCUUAGUUCAUUUCCAUGUUUUCUUUUUUCAAGAAAAUAGGUUGUUGGGGGUAGUUGGGUGGAAUUUUAAAGAGGAGGACUCUUAUGUUAUUUCAAAGGAUAAAGAACAACAGGCUUAGUUUUCUGGGUCUCGAGCUAACUGAAAUAUUCUGAAAAAUUUUCCAAAUCUAAACAUUUUCAAUCAAGGGUUUCAAAAGUAAUCUUUACUGCCAGUAAUAGCUGUUACAUUUUUGGGGGUCUAAGAUUAUUACUGGUGCCAUUUGAAGGGCACGAAACAUGGUAUUAAUCAAGCACUUUGGUCUGGGCGAGUCCUUGGAAAGUUUGGGACCUUCCCUCUCAGUCAAAUGUUAAACAAAACAACCAGGAUGCCAGUCAGAGGCUUGUGUAAGAGUCUCUUUCCCACCCUCCUCUUUCCAUUGUCAAAUAUUGUCAACGCCUUUGAUAGCACUUUUCAGUUGGCAGCUGGGUUUUUUCCUUGUCAAGGUAAACCUAGAGCAUCAUGUAUCUUAAC